AUGAGAAUGGAACUCGACGUGAUGCGAGGAGAUGUGGGCAACGACAUGUCGGAUGCUGUGAUAUUCCAAACGUACAGAUUGAACAAGAGAGAUGUAGAAUUUGAACAAGACAUACUGAGAAAUCCAAAUUCGGUCAAGUGUUGGAUGCGGUACAUAGACAAUUACAAACUGGGACCGUACAAAAAAGUAUGUGUGCUGUACGAACGCGCCUUGAAACAACUGCCGGGCAGCUACAAACUGUGGCACUGUUACUUGAAAAUACGUCGUAAGUAUUUAAAAAAAACAGACAAUCCCGACUACGAAGAAGUAAACAAUGUCUACGAGCGAGCGUUGGUGUACAUGAACAAGAUGCCUCGCAUAUGGAUCGAGUUCUGCACGUUCAUGUUGAAACAACCUAAGCUCACCGUCGCUCGUCGUCUAUUUGAUAGGGCCCUUAGAGCUUUACCGAUCACUCAACAUUCACGAAUAUGGCCAUUGUAUUUGAAAUUCAUUAAAGAAAGUCAUGACCCAGAAGUUGCUGUUAAAAUAUAUAGGAGAUAUUUAAAGUUAUUUCCAGAAGAUUCGGAAGAUUAUAUUGAAUACUUGACCGCAUCUGGGCGACUCGAUGAAGCUGCUAUUCGUUUGUCAGAAAUUGUAAACAAUGACAGUUUUGUAUCCAAACAUGGUAAAUCUAAGCAUCAACUCUGGAAUGAACUUUGCAAUUUGAUAUCGAAAAAUCCUUUAGAAAUUAAAUCAUUAAAUGUUGAUGCAAUUAUACGUAGUGGUUUAAGACGUUACACUGACCAGCUUGGCCAUUUGUGGAACUCAUUAGCUGAUUAUUACAUACGUAGCGGAUUGUUUGAAAGAGCAAGAGAUAUAUAUGAAGAGGCUAUUCAAACUGUUACAACGGUUCGUGAUUUUACACAAGUGUAUGAUGCCUAUGCACAAUUUGAAGAGUUAAGCUUACAAAAACGAAUGGAAGUUGUUCAUGCUAAUCAAAACAGUACUGAGAAAGAUGAUUGUGAAAUUGAUUUACGCAUGGCAAGAUUGGAAAACCUGAUCGAAAGACGAUUACUACUUUUAAACUCUGUACUUUUAAGACAAAACCCCCACAACGUUAAAGAAUGGUUAAAACGUGUACAGCUCUAUGAAGGAAAUGACGUUCAGGUAAUUAAUACUUUUACUGAAGCUGUAGAGACAGUUGAUCCUCAAAAAGCUGUAGGUAGAUUACAUACACUUUGGGUGGAGUUUGCUAAAUUUUAUGAAAAAGCCAAACAAGUCGAAGAAGCACGCUUAGUAUUUAAAAAAGCUGUUUUAGUGUCAUAUAUUAAAGUUGAGCAUUUAGCUAGCGUUUGGUGUGAAUGGGUAGAAAUGGAAUUGAGACACGAUAACUUUAAUGAAGCAAUGAGACUAAUGCGACAAGCAACUUCCAUACCUUCUCGGAAAGUAGCCUACCACGACGAUACAGAAACUGUUCAAAUACGAUUACACAAAUCAUUAAAAUUAUGGUCAUUGUAUUUGGACAUGGAAGAGAGUUUUGGAACGGUCAAAUCAACAAUGGCUUGUUAUGAUCGAGUUAUAGAUUUAAGAAUUGCAACUCCACAAACUAUUAUUAAUUAUGGAUUAUUUUUAGAAGAAAGCAACUAUUUUGAAGAAAUGUUCAAAGCUUAUGAAAAAGGUGUAGCGUUAUUCAAGUGGCCAAAUGUUUUUGAUAUAUGGAAUACAUACUUGACAAAAUUUUUGGACCGUUACGGUGGUACAAAACUUGAACGUGCACGUGAUCUUUUUGAAGAGUGUCUAGAAGGUUGCCCACCACAAUUUGCCAAGUGUAUUUACUUAUUGUAUGCAAAGCUUGAAGAAAAACAUGGUUUGGGCAGACGAGCAAUGGCCGUAUACGAAAGAGCCACCGAAGCUGUUCUACCCGAAGAGAAGUUUGAAAUGUUCAACAUUUACAUUAAAAAAGCAGCAGAAAUAUCUGGUAUACCAAAGACUAGAGAAAUCUAUAUGAAAGCCUUGGAAGUCUUAACAAAUAAUAAUGCUCGUACAAUGUAUCUAAGAUUUGCUGAACUUGAAACAAAAUUAGGUGAAAUUGAUCGGGCUCGAGCAAUAUACUCUCACUGUAGUCAGAUAUGUGAUCCUAGAGUAACUGAAGAAUUUUGGCAAACAUGGACCUCAUUUGAAGUAGCUCAUGGUAAUGAAGAUACUCUCCGAGAAAUGCUAAGAAUUAAACGAAGUGUUCAAGCAAUGUAUAAUAUCCAAGUGAACAUGAUGUCAGCACAAAUGAUGUCUGUUAUUUCGGUUGAACCAGAAAAGAGUGGAAUGAAGUUGUUAGAAGAAAAAGCAUUAGAAAAUAAAGAAAAACCAUUGGAACCUAUCAAAUUUGUUUUGGGUAGUGAGCAAGAUCGUUUACCAAAUGAAAAAGUAACAAAUCCAGAUGAAAUACAAUUCAGUGAUGAUGAAGAUGAAGAAGAUGGUGACAAAGAAAAUGAAGAAAACGAUGACGCAGAUAUGCCUACUCAAAAAGAUGUGCCUGCUGAAUUAUUUGGUAACUUAGGAGCAUUUACCGAAAAAAAUACAGAAUAG